AUGCAACAAAUUUGGACACUAUCAAUUGCUUGGGAUAGUAAGUUGCCUGAUCCAAUCUUCCAUGAUUGUCUCUCAUUCUGUGAGGAUUUGCAAAAUUUAGCGCAAGCUCAUUUGCCCCGCUGGCUCCAGAUCUGCACCGUUACAUGUCACGUCGAGCUUCACGGUUUUGCCGAUGCCUCAAAGAAGGCCUAUGCUGGAGUGAUCUACUUGCGAGUGGUUCGAGAGGGAACUAGUGAAACAUUUCUUCUCACCAGCAAAACCAAGGUGGCUCCACUUAAAAUUUUGUCCAUUCCGCGGCUCGAACUAAACGCGGCUGAAUUAUUAUCACGACUUUUAAGGUGGGUUGCUUCCGCUCUACGCUUGAAUUGUGAUAUUCCGAUGUAUGCGUGGUCAGACUCCACCGUAGCCCUUGCGUGGAUCCGAAGCCCUCCAUCAAAUUGGAAAACUUUUGUGGCAAAUAGAGUAUCGGCCAUUCAAUGUCGAUGUCCUACAGUUCAGUGGCGCCAUGUUCCGUCCGAAGAUAAUCCAGCGGAUCUAGCUUCUCGUGGGCUACGCGCUUCCGAUUUGAUAAAUAAUACUCUUUGGUGGCAUGGCCCUCCCUGGCUCGUCUCGGGAGACUGGCCAUCUCUGGAACCAUCCGGAAAUGAGGAAAUUAUUGAAUUGGAAAAUUGCAAAAAGAGCGUACACGUAACUUGUAGUCAGGAUUGGGAGUUAGCUUCUCGGUUUUCUGAUUGGGGUAAACUAAUUCGAGUUACAAGCUUAGUUUUACGAUUUAUUUCUCGCCUUCGCCGACAAGACGGUAAGGAGAUCAGCUCCCUUAAUUGGCAAACCCAUGCCAAGAACCUUUGGAUCAAAUAUAUGCAAGCUCAGACCUUUGAAAAGGAACUGGAGCUUCUAAAAGGGGGUGAAAAGCUUCCCCGCUCUAGUGUUUUGGCAACUAUGAAUCCCUAUUUGGAUAAGGAAGGGAUUAUUCGCAUGCGAGGACGACUGCAGCAUUCUCCACUGAAUUUUAAACAAAAAUUUCCGAUCAUCCUGGCUAAUUGUCCAUUAGUGGUUCUCCUGGUUCGGCACGCUCACCUUCGCUCCUUGCACGGUAACAAUGCAUUAACCGCGCGCCUUUUACGUGAAGAGUCGUGGAUUAUUAGGUCCAAGUUAAUUAUACGUUCGGUCAUUAAUAAUUGUGUGAUUUGCACGAGAUAUAGGGCGAACUUAGGUCAACAACAGAUGGCACCCCUUCCCUCCAUACGGUUUCGUUGUGAGCGUCCAUUUUGCAGUGUGGGUAUCGAUUACGCUGGGCCUCUAUUGGCCAGGGCACUGCCUGGUAGAGGACAUCACUCGAGGAAAAUGUAUAUCGCAGUCUUCGUUUGUAUGACUACACGUGCAAUACAUAUAGAGUUGGUACAUGACCUUACGACUAACGCAUUUCUUGAUGCUUUUCGUCGCUUCAUCUCACGGCGUGGGGUUCCUGCCCAGCUUUUAAGCGAUAAUGGCACCAAUUUCCAAGGGGGUCAAGCCGAAUUAGCUAAAAAAUUUCGUUCAGCUCUACGAAAUCCGGCUGUGGAAGCUAAGAUGUUGGAGUACGAAAUAGAAUGGCGCUUUAUUCCGCCCUCUUCACCCCAUUUUGGAGGAAUGUGGGAGGCCGGAGUAAAAUCCAUAAAGUACCAUCUUCGUCGCAUCGUAGGAACUCACACACUAACGAUUUCGGAAUUAGAAACAUUAUUAUGUCAAAUCGAGGCAUGCGUUAACUCGCGUCCUAUCGCCGGUUUCUCAAACGACUGUGAUGAUUUGAGUUAUUUGACCCCGGGUCAUUUUUUAGUCGGUGCUCCACUUCUGUCAUUGCCUGAACCUUAUAUUCCUUCGGCCAUUUCCACUAGUCUGAAGCGUUAUCAUCUCGUCCAACGCAUGCGAGAUCGCUUCUGGAAGGUGUGGCAAUUAGAUUAUAUAAACACUCUACAAAAGCGUUCUAAAUGGCGAUUAGCCCAUCCGAAUUUUAGGGUCGGAGACCUCGUCCUUAUUAAGAAUGACAACUUACCGCCGUCGCGUUGGGCAUUAGGUAGAAUUACCAAAUGCAUUCCUGGUAAGGACGGAUUAGUCCGCGUCUGCGAAAUAAAGAGCGCAUCCUCGUCGUUUUUGCGGUCCAUCCAUAAAUUGUGCCCUCUUCCAGUUAAUGCGAUGGACGAUAGUCCCACGGCGGGCGGGACUAUCCCGAUAACUAACAUUAAGCGUUAA